AUGGCGAAGCGGAAAACGGCGAAAUUCGAUGAUGCAUGGAACAAGAGGAAGCGGGUGCUCAAGAAGCUUCCCUUCCUCGAGCGCUUGACAACAUCGAAGAGGGAGGAAGAGCCACGUAUCAGCCCCGCGAAGCAUACAUUUGACAUCAGAGACGUGUGCGAGGUAGAAGAAAGUGAAGUAGCCGUCGGUGCCGUGGUAGUUGCUGACAGCGAUGGUGAUGAAGAUGGAAUCAGAGACGACGAAAUCCUCUCGUCAGGUGACGAGCAUGUGGACCAGUACGUCAAAGACACAGACGACCGAGUCAUGUUACCACUUGUAAACGUUUCGAAUCGAACGGAAAUGACAUGUGUAGGUAACCUCGAUGAAAACAUGCAGGUACAGGAUGAUGACUCGCGUCCCGCUCGGGACAAGGCAAAGGCAAAUUUUGCACAGAAGGCAGCUCGCAAGAAAAUUGAAUCGAUAGAUAGAGUAAGCGCGCGAAGUGCGUCGGUUCUCGCGCGGUUCUCGUCGAUUCGUCACCUCCGUAUCAGCUCGUAUCAGCUCGUACCAGCUCGUACCAGCUGGUCAAUACUGUUUACCCAUACGAUUAACACGUUCGGACAUUCGGCUGGUACGUACCAGUACGCUGAUACGUAUCAGGAAAUUCCUGAUACGCAUUUCAAGCAGUCCUAA